AUGCACACACUUCACAUCUCCUUUCAGGGCAUCUCUUUGAGCAUCAUCAUCAACGAGACCGAGACGCUCACACUCUCGGAAAACACUUCCAUUCAAUUCACCGUUCUUGUGUCGUCACAAGAACAAUAUCAUUAUCAUUUCAAAGGAGAAGACAUUUCACAAUUUUCAUGUCAAUGUGAUUUAAAAAUACAAUCUCCAUUGAUGGAUGUUGUAUUUGUGAAAAUUCAACUUUCCUCCAACAAUCAUCAAUAUCAAUUUCGAGGAAUUGUUUCCAAUGAUUUGAACUCUCUCGUUCAGAAACAAACCAUUACAAGAACCAUUCAUCUUGAACCUUUUCAAAUCGAUAAGGACACUAUUCCAUUAUUUUGUCGAAUUGAUAACGUUCAAAUUACUCCUAUUGAUUUUGGUUGGAAUAAGGAAUCGAAUCAGAGUCGAUUGGCCAUGUUUCUGCGUCAAACCGUGGAUCAGGUGUCAAGUUUUACAAAACAGAAACAUGUUGAAAAAUCAACGGGAGUGACCAUGAAAAAUAUUUCAAGUUUUACAGAUCAUGUGGAAGAUCAUACAAGUGGUAAUACGAUGGUGACAAUAAGUGACACGUCUCCAUUGAGAAAAUUCUUUAGAAGUACACAUAUCAAAUAUCCUAAUUUAGAAAUUCGAAAAAGUAUUCAACGAUUUUUCAAAGCUUAUUUAUUAUAUCAAAAUCAACAAGUGAAAGCUCAAAAAUUGCCUUCCUCUCAAACCUGUGACUUGAAUAUCAUUGAACUGAAGAAACAUUCCUUGUACAAGUCUGAAUUUGAUAAUUAUUUUUUCUCGCUACGCAUGCUUAAUGAGUUAAACACCAUGCUCGAAUUCAAUAAGAAGGAAUUAUUUGAGUUGUGGGUGAGGGCUCAUACAUUCUUUGCUUCGUCCAAUGCUAGUAACAAGCCAUUCAUGUUUUCAACCUCGCCUACUUCAUUGUUUAACAGAAGAGCGAAUUCUUCAAGUUCAAGAAACGAUUCAGUCGAGGACCACACCUACCUCAAAUCUAAAAUCAUUGACCAAUACUAUUUAAGGUACUACUCGCGAAAUGACGAAGUUCAAAAAUUUAUUCACAUCAUUGUUUACUUGUGGAAAUGUAUUUUCAAAUCCAUAGUGGAAUCUCCUCGAGGAAAAACGGUUGCAAAUUUAAUUCAUGACGAGAAUAAGGAAAUUGAAACUUUCAUUUAUUAUCUGGAUCGAAUCUAUGAAAAUAUUUCGAGUGUAUUCGAGAAGAAUCAUCUCUACAUGAGAUUAACAAAGGUAGUGAACAAGAUUAAUUUUGUCACGGAGAGCAAUUUAGAAUUAUUUCUUCAGAAUAAUUCCACAGAUUAUGAAUUUUUGAGAUAUCCUGAUUUGAACGUAAUUACAAGUAUUAGAAUUUUGAAGUUUUUGGAUAUGGUCAAUAGAAAAACACUUGACUCGAUUUCCCAUCUCAUCAAAAACGAUGAAUUAGAACCUCUAGAACUGAAAAUUGUGAAUGCAUUAUUGAAUUCACAUUCUUUCAUGAAGCUUAAAGAAGUACUCGAACAAACAAAUCAAUACGAAUCAAAAAUUGUGUCAGAUCCGUAUUUCGAUCGAAUUUUCGAAGUGUCUCCUUCUCUGUUUGAACCAUUUAUGCUUCCCAUGAAAACACUCAUGUCCAUCAUUGAUCAAACCUUAAUUGUUUUCAAUUAUGGAAUUAACUCAAUCGUCACAUCAACGUUUGUAGUGAAGAAAUCCAGCUAUAUCACCGAUGAGUUGCUAGAAAUCAAACUUUUCAUCAAGAAGAAUGACGAAAAAUCAGGCUUCCAUUUUCACAAUAUUCGAUACUCGGAUUAUUUAGCGUACAUUUUUCACAAACAACAUAAUCGAUUGUACAACAUUUUAGUGAAAGCAGUGGCAGCUCUUUCCAAACAAUUCGAAUGGACACGAGCAUCUACCUGGAUUGACUCCAUCAUGGAACGUAAUUAUCCACAAUUUUUUGCUGCUACCAAAAAGAGAUUUGGAUUUAAAGAUUCCAAUUUCACAACAUUUAUAUUCAAGAUUAUUGUGAAAUUACAUGAAUCAGUGAAUAAUACGCAAAGACAACAGCAAAUUGAAUAUUUAAUGUCCAUUAUACCCAACGAUCUUCCUUUUGAUGUGAAACAAUUGCCUGAAAAGCGAAUCGUUAAAGACAAGAACAUUCCUCCAUUCGAUAUGGAUGAAGAACUUCCAACGCCUCAUCGCAGAUGGAAGAGCUUAAAUUCCAAAGUGCCUCCUGUUCCACAACUUUCACAAAUUGUAUCUGUGACGGCCAAAGACACUACUCCAAAACGUAAACUGGCAGGAAUCAUUCAAGUGUUUGACGCUGAUCAUGACUUGUUACGAGAUUAUAGAAACAGAACGAUGGACACAGAAGUAAUUGACAAAAUUUCAUUGUAUUACUUGUUUAUUACGUCAAGCAUCUGUUUGGAAUCGUCGUCAUUUCUCACUGAGAAGUUCAAGCUCUGUAAACGAUUUUCCUCACUCUCUCGAAUAUCACAGCAAGAAUCACAACCUCAGAAACCGCCCGUGUCAACAACAAAUUCCGCCGUUGUGAUGCAAUCAGUAUUCAAACAACUGAAUGCGGUGACCAAAUCCAUUUCAGCUGCAAAUGGGUCGAGCACAACAGCUUCCACAGUACCACCUCCUCCACCAUUGUCACCCAACUCUGGAAAACCAUUUUCAGCCGUGGAUGCCAAAUAUUCACCAUCUCAACCUCCUCCAAAACCUAAAAAAUUAGCUAAAGAAUUCUCGAAAGAAUUUUAUGAAAAGUUGGCAGAAGUGAAAAGGAUCAAUACGUCGACCUCUUGGUCCUUGAAACAAAUUCUCGAUUUAGAUGAUAAUGAAGAAGUAAGCGAGGAUGGAAUUAUUGUAGAUUUAUUGGACAAGGUGAUUCCUUUAUAUACGCUUUUCAAAUUUCACAACAUUGAUUUGAAUGCAUUGAUUCAAACGGAUAAUAGUUAUGCAACCAUCAAUCAGGCAAUAUUGAAUCAAAGAUUCCCAGUCUUGAAAGAAGUAUUACCAUCCAAAAUCGUGAAAACUAUUUGUUUGUAUUUAUUUCCAACAAAUCUCCUUAAUGUGAGUUUGGUAUCCAAGCAAUUCUUUCAGGAAGCUCACAAAAUAUUCUUUCCAAAAAGCGUCAAUAAUGUACUAUGUGCUUGGGAAAGAUAUCCUGUAUUGACUUAUUUGAAAGUGACAAGUAUUGUUCGAAAAAAGAGACAUCAACUGGCACAACUCAAAGAUUACAUUAAUAACUUUCUUAACUUGAUUACAUUUGAAAAUUUAGAAAAGAAAUUGGAGAAGCUUGGAUUCCAUCAUGCCAAAGAAGAUUUAUUGUCAUUCUUUUCCAUCAAAAAGGAGGUGUUAGCUAUGAAAGUAACAAAUUUAUAUCAAGACGAGAAACAAUUUAUUUACUCCCGAUUUUUCAGUUGGUUUUUCAAACUUUCUGAUUCUCUGAAUUAUGACAUUCCAAAAUUAGCAAGAUUCAAGCAUGAAAGAGAGAUUUUUAAGAGGAUUUGUGCUUCCUACUUGUUUUUAGCCUUUUCUUCAAGUAAGAGCGACACAUUACCCAAUGUUGGGUCUCACCCUCUCGUAUUAAUUAGAAACAUGAUCAAAACAGUGUCUGUCACUUAUCCAAAUGUGAACGUACUCAUGCUUCUUGCCGACUUUUUUGACAUUUCAUUGACAAAUGUUUCACAAUUAUUUCAAUACCGAAGAGAAUGGAAAACGAUUUCAGAAAUUGGCCAUAAAUUCAAAGAAUACAGUAUUGAUUUGGAAAACUUUUUCACAAAGAAUGCCUCCAACACCUAUUAUAACGCAAACGAAUUUAUCAAACAAGCCAAAGACAUUUUGAAAAAGGCGUAUGAAAGUUUGGAUAAUAGCGACUUGGUGGACAUUGAAUGCUUACUCACCAAAUACUGCAUGAAAUGCAAAGACUAUUAUCAGUAUUAUUUAUUAUUGAAUGGUCACCCAGAAUCAAAGUUAAGUUUAGAACAAGCCAUGUUCAUGUCCAUUUCUCUCAAUCAAUUCGAGGAGCUGAAACAAAUUGUUGGAAAAGGAGCUAAUAUCAAUGCGGUCACAAAACACGGCUAUGAUAUUUGCACUGCAAGUCUUCCAUGUAGAAAUCAAGAAAUUACCAAAUAUUGUCAUCACAUUCGAAUCGAAUACUUGCUACAUGAAAGGCCUUCGAAACUUGAAGAUUUUCCAUUUAAUAUCUCACUCUUGAUGCAUACCAUACGUGAAAAUAACAUUCAAGCUGUGGAUUUAUUGGUCACAUUGAACCCACAAAUUCUCCAUGAAUACGAGGGCAAGUACAGACCCAUUGAUUUCAGCAUUGUUCAUCACCCACAUGUGGAAAGCACUGAAAUUCUUCUCCGUCACAUGUUAACACAAGAUAAGGAGCAUAAUAUUCUUGUUCUUGCCAAAGCAUGUUUUAUUGCAAUUGAUCACGAUCGUUACGACGCUCUUAAAUUAUUAAUUGAAAAAGAACCUCAUUUAGUGCUACGAAAUGAGCUUCCUGAUUUCAGAUAUCCAGAAGCAUAUUAUUCGAAUCCUUCAUUAUUAUUAUAUUGCUUGAGAAAACGCAAAACUCAAUGUAUUCAAUUACUGAUUGAAAAAUUCCCUCAACUUCUCAAUUUCAAGCUUUCUUCCAUGUAUACUGAUCGAAGUGAAAAAGCAACAAAUAUCAUUCAAUCAAAAGCAAACACACCAAAAAGCAAAACCUCUCUAGGAAAUUUAAUUUUAAAUGGAACUCCUUUAACAUUUGCUGUAGAGACCAAUCAAAUGAAAAUGGCACUUGCUUUGGUUGAAAUGGGAGCUGAUAUUUCAAUCACUAAAAAUGGAAUGGAUGUUGCCGAGUUAUCAGAAUCGACUGAAAAUUCUGAAAUGAUGCAAUGGGCUCGAAAGAUUUUAAACAAAUCCACACAAUACGAUUGCUACAAAUUUGAAGUCGAAUAUGUAGAUAACAUGUUGAAUUUGUACAGAAAAAGAUUUAAAAUGGUGGUCAAUCAAAACGAAAGUGUCGAAGAUUUUGUGAGGAAGGCAAAAAUUCGAUGUGGAAUUCGUGGUCAAUACGAAUUACAAUUUUAUGACCCAGAUUUUAAGGAACUCGUAGACGUUAUUGACUUGAAAGACAUGCAACUUCAUGAAGAGGAGUUAAAUUUAAUUAAAUUGAAACGAGUGAGAGCCAAUGAUGCACCUGCUCAAAAUCAUGGACAAGCUCGAAACGUGAAAUAUGAACAAUAUUUGGGAAUGGUCUUUCAGGAAAAGUAUAAAAUUGUGAGAACGAUUGACGAGGGUGGAUUUGGAGUGGUUUUUGAAGCAGAAGUAUUGAACGAUGUUGGUGACGCCAUUAAUGAACACUCUUCCAAAAAUGUUGCCAUUAAAAUGGUGAACUGCCCAAAAGGAAGUGUUCAAAAACAAAUUCAAGAUGCAGAACAUGAAGCAUUGCUGGUACAGCAGUUGCAGCAUCAGAAUAUUGUCAAAAUUAUUGACACUUUCCAAAUCGAUACUCAAUACUCUUCUAUAUUUUGCAUUGUAAUGGAAUUGUACACAUUUGGAGACGUCAUGCAACUCAUUAACACACAACGUCAAAAGUCAGAACCAAUUCCAUUAGAAAUUGUAUGGAAAAUUUUAACACAAAUGGCUUCAGCCAUUGAUUACAUUCAUUCUCAUAACAUUAUGCAUCGAGACAUCAAACCUCAGAAUAUUUUUGUCAGAUAUUACAAUAAGGAACAAAAGAAUAUUGAAAUUGUAUUGGGAGAUUUUGGAAUUGCAAAAGAAAAUGCUCACACCACUCGACAAACCUAUGCUGGUUCAUUAUGUUACAUUUCAGUCGAGAUUUUACUGAAUCAACCCUAUGGCUUUGCAACAGACAUGUAUUCAUUGGGUGUGACCUUGUUCCAAUUAUUGUCACUCGAUACUUCUCUUUCGAUUUGUUCACUCUUAAUUCAUUCCGAAGAGAAUUGUAUGCAAGAAUUGAAAAAGAAAAUUCUCACCAAUUAUCAAGAUCAUCUCGAUCACAACAAGGGUCUCUUACAAAAAUUAAUUCGAGUCAUGAGUCAAUUAUUAAGAUUCCAGCCUCAAUCAAGAUUGAACAGCUCACAACUAUUAUUGGAAUUGGAAAAGCGAUAA